AUGGGAAUGGGCUUUGUCGAUGAGGAAUCCCAACUGCUUCGGAGCGACCUUGUAGCCGAUGUGUCUCUCAAAACAAGGCCGAUCAAUGCGUCGACGUCCAGCACAAGAAGCGCGGGCGACCCCGGCUUCGAGACGAUAACCAAACGAGAUAUGAAAGUGGGGGGAGGAUGGGAAGUGCAGCAGAGGCCAUGA